UUUGUCUUUGUUUCUUUUCGCCGGCCACCUGUUCAGACUGUCAUAAAAGACAAGUGACAAGACUUGAGAAAGAAAAUAAACAUAAAAAGAAAGAAAAGGAGAAAGAGUUGUGAAGAGGAGGACGAGGGCUGUCGAUAGAAAGAAGCCUCCUUCCCAGUCUUGCGAUGAAGGGUCUAAUGGUUUCCAGGCCAGGGCUGGCCAUGUGAGAAGAGAAUCUUAGAGGAAAAGUGCCGGCACCCGGAAAGAGAGAAGAGUUUUCCACGGAGCCAUGGCCUCGGUCAAAGCUGCCCACGUUAAACAAGAGGACUGUGAAUGGGGUACGACGGAGGACUUGUGCGUGAAAGUGGAGGAUUGUGAAAGAGGGAUCUCCGCUUUUAAAGAAGAGGAGUGCAAGGGGGAGGUAAUUGAAGUUAAAGUCGAGGAUCUGGAAGAUUUCCUAGUUAGCCCUGAACUGCCAAACCCUGGAAGUGGGAAGAGUUUGAAACAGGAGAUUUUUGAAGACUCUCAUUCCGGUUUACAGGACUGGGUCACCGACACGGCACAAUGGACUACCCAGCAGGGUUCUGCGGAGCUAAAAUCUGAGAUAUCUGAAUUUGAGGUGGAAAUCGCUGAAGGAAAAGAGAGUGAAGAAGAAGAAAAAGAAAAGCAGCAGUCAUCAAGGAGUACGGGGAUAAAUUUCAAGAUGAACUGCAGCUUCUCUACAUCUUCACUAGCUCAGCCCUCUCUUCUGUGCAGACUGCAACAGAAACAGGACAAGAAGAAGGUGAAUAAACCAUCAAGAGGAUCGGAGAAUUUGACAGCGGCCUCUUUCCAGGGUAGAUCUCUCACUGCGGACAAACUAACACAAACGGAAGACAUCAAUGGUAAUGAACAAGCAUUGCGUAAUACAGGGCAACAGGUCUUCAAUGCCAGACGAAAGCGUGGAAAAACUUUAAAAAACAAAUCUGACUCUAAAGAAAAGGCGGUUCACACAAUUCAGAAGCAGCACACCUGUCCUGAAUGUGGCAAACUAUUUUCACACAGAAACAGUCUACACCGACAUAAAAGAAUUCACACCAAAGAAAAGCAACUCUGCUGUCCAGAAUGUGGCAAACAAUUCCCCCAUAACCGUGAUCUCCAGCGGCACAUACGCGUUCAUAAUGGUGAGAAACCAUACAGCUGUGCCGAAUGUGGAAAACGAUUUUCAGACAACAGCAGCCUUCAGAAUCAUACAAAAAUUCACACUGGAGACAAACCGUACUUCUGUUCUGAAUGUUCUAAAGGAUUCUCGUUUUUAAAUACGUUUCUUGACCAUCUGAGAAUUCACAGUGGGGAGAAGCCUUACUGUUGUAGCGAAUGUGGCAAACGGUUCACACAACGAAGUGGCCUGCGCAGUCACAUCAGAAUCCACACUAGAGAGAAACCUCACUGUUGUUCAGAAUGCGGCAAAAGGUUCUCUCAUGGCAGCACACUUCGGAGUCACACACGAAUCCACACGGGAGAAAAGCCAUACUGUUGUUCGGAAUGUGGUAAAGGAUUCACUGACAACAGCAAUCUUCGGCAGCAUGAACGAAUUCACACUGGGGAAAAGCCGUAUGGUUGUUCUGAAUGUGGCAAACGAUUUUCACAAAGAAGAAGCCUCAGCUGCCACUUAAACAUUCACAUUAGAGAGAAGAGAAUCAGCAAUGAACUAACUGUGGGGGAAACAAACAACUGAUAAUGCUUUGGGGUGCGGAGGUAAGCAGUUCUCAUCAAAAGAAAUGUCUCCCUACCACUUCCAUACACUCUGUUCAAACUGGAUGAAGAGGCAUCACCGUUGCUAUCAGGUGUUAUGGCAAGGCCUAGCUGUACAUUUACAGAAAUAACAAUUACAGUAGUGCAGGAGAAACGUCCUGCCUGAAGUGUGACGGUUAAACACACCAAAGCCAUUUGGAGAAAUUCACUCAGAGAGAAUCCUCAUUGGUGUUCUGAAUGUGAGGGAAACGAUUCUUACCAAAAGGUACACUUCAACAACACGUGAGAAUUCUUACUGGUCAGACGCUGGUUUUAGAACAGCUCUUCAUAGUUCAGCAAUUACUUAAUGGACAGAUAUACUUAGGUUCUAGUUUGGUUUGGAUCUGCUUUGUUUAAACAAAUCUGUGUUGUUGUAAUGACUUCUUAUGUAAUUUGUAGGGCUGGGAAUCGAUUAAAAAAUGUAACUAAAUAAUUGCAUC